ACAAGAAGUCUCCAUUGUACAUUCACACAGCGCCACCACGGCACUGCACUACCCAUAUCCGAGUCCAUUAUAAGUCCUAGCACAUUGCUGAGAAGAGUAGAGUAGACUGGCCAUGGCUGCCAAGAUGCUGCUCGUCGUGGCCACUCUCAUCGCUCUCGUCGCCAGCCUCAGCCAUGUCCACGCUUUCGACCCCAGCCCUCUCCAAGACUUCUGCGUCGCCGACCCCACGUCCAAAGUGCGGGUGAACGGGGUGGCGUGCAAGGGCCCAGCGGCGGUGGUGCCGGAGGACUUCUUCUUCGCGGGCGUGGACAAGCCGGGCGGCACGGAGAGCAAGCGCUACGGGUUCACGGCGAAGGCCGUCCCGAUCCCGGGCCUGAACACGCUGGGCGCGUCGCACGCGCGCGUGGACGUGCCCCGGGGCGCCGUGUUCCCGCCGCACAUCCACCCGAGGGCGUCGGAGACGGCCGUGGUGCUGGAAGGCUCCGUCUACUUCGGCUUCGUCUCCUCCUACCCGGACAACAAGCUCUUCGCCAAGGUGCUCCGCAAGGGCGACGUCUUCGCCGUGCCCCAGGGCCUCGUGCACUUCCUCUACAACAACGGCACCGCCCCCGCCGCGCUCUACGCCACGCUCAGCAGCCAGAACCCAGGGCUCGUGCUCCUCGCCGACGCGCUCUUCGCCGGCGCGCUCCCCGACGAUCUGCUGGCCAAGACUUUGCUGACGGAUGAUGCCACCAUCGAGAAGAUCCGGGCAAAGUUCCGCCCUUCUUGAUUUGGUUGCCGACGUUUAAUGCUUGUUUUUGUGGAACAAAUUAUUUUUUCCUGCUUGUGAAAAUAAUUUGUGAUCGUUUCUUAAUUUGCAAUAAAACCCCGCAAUGAAUUACUGUACAGGAAACAUUUGGGAAUUAAUGCUUGCUUCUGAAAA